ACCUUUCGACCUUUCGACCUUUCGACCUUUCGACCUUGAAGCUUCCUACUCCCCCCAAUCGACGCACUCUCUACUAUAUCCGCAUAACCAAACCGCCAUCCUUCCCCGCGACUUCCUUCCAAACACCACCUCAUUUUCGACGGCCUAUUCACUUUAAGAAUCCGGCAACGUACAGAUCCGCAGCGGCAUCGUCGACAUCCGCAUCCAUGGCUCAGGGCGAUUCGCAAAGGGUCCAGGAAGCCAAGAAGCUGGCCAAAUCGGACCCGCGACAGGCUGAGGCUCUGUACAAGGAGAUUCUCUCCAAGCCUCCAUCUACAACAUCCGAUUCUGCUCUUAAGGAAUAUGAAACGGCCUUGAUUGGGCUGGGAGAGUUGUAUCGGGAUGAGAAGAACACGCAACAGCUUGUCGACUUGGUGACAAGAAGCAGGACGGUCUUGUCAUCCUUUGCCAAGGCGAAGACGGCGAAACUUGUUCGCCAGCUUCUCGACCUCUUUGAAGCCAUUCCCCAUUCCACCGACAUCCAGAUCGCCGUGACAAAGUCCUGUAUCGAAUGGGCGACUUCGGAACGCCGAAGCUUCAUGCGCCAGAACCUCGAGACCCGCCUGGUCACGCUGCUCAUGGCCAAGCAGUCCUACUACGAAGCCCUCACCCUGAUCAACGGCCUGCUCCGCGAGCUGAAGCGCCUCGACGACAAGCUCGUCCUCGUCGAGGUCCAGCUCCUCGAGUCGCGCGUCUACCACGCCCUCGGGAACAUCCCCAAGGCCCGCGCCGCCCUCACCAGCGCCCGCACCUCGGCCGCCUCCGUCUACACCCCGCCCCUGCUGCAGGCCCACCUCGACAUGCAGAGCGGCAUGCUGCACGCCGAGGACAAGGACUUCAACACCGCCUUCUCCUACUUCAUCGAGGCCCUCGACGGCUACCACUCCCAGGACGAGCCCGCCAAGGCCACCGCCGCCCUCCAGUACAUGCUCCUCUGCAAGGUCAUGCUCAACCUCGCCGACGACGUCAACAACCUCCUCUCGUCCAAGCAGGCCCAGAAGUACGCCGGCCAGAACCUCGAGGCCAUGAAGGCCAUCGGUCGCGCCCACGCCAACCGCUCCCUCGAGGAGUACGAGCAGGCCCUGUCCUCCUACCGCUACGAGCUCGGCUCCGACGCCUUCAUCCGGAACCACCUCCGCCGCCUCUACGACGCCAUGCUCGAGCAGAACCUCAUCAAGGUCAUCGAGCCCUUCUCCCGCGUCGAGAUUGGCCACAUCGCCAAGAUGGUCAGCCUCGACACCCAGCAGGUCGAGCGCAAGCUCUCCCAGAUGAUCCUCGACAAGGUCAUCACCGGCGUCCUCGACCAGGGCGCCGGCUGUCUCAUCAUCUUCGACGAGGCCCAACGCGACGACGCUUACGACCACGCCCUGGCCACUAUUGAGAAGCUGAGCAAUGUCGUCGAUGUGCUAUACACGAACCAGGCCUCGCAGUUGGAGUGAUUUGUUAACAAGUUGAAAAGGGGACAAGGGAAGGGGAAACGGGAAACGGGAAAGGGGGUAUUGGUAGUCGCAAGCUUUGCACUGUAACAAUAUCAGGCACAUGCACAUGCACAUGCACUGCAUUUCUUCCGCCUCGGUAACACGUCGUUGCGACCAUGCCACUGGUGAUCUACACACCCCGUGAGGCCUUUCCCACUCUCUGCACCAAAAACAAAUCAGGGCUUUCUCGCCCGACAUAUUCAUUAUGGGUCGUCAUAAUCGUGAUAAAACCUCCCUAAAACGCCAUGGCCGCCUUUCCGACCUUGAUCCAACACACCGGGCGAUUGGUAACCUGGUGAUACAAUGGCAGCAAUCCGCCGUGGCUGGCAUGCUGUAACUCCUGACCAUGCAGAGAAAUCCAAUCCUCCAUCCCCAAUGCUGGCCCGGUAUAGAAUCAUCGUAGAGAGGAACAGAAAUAAAU